AUGAAAAUACGUAAAUCAUUAUUAAGUAUGAAUUCAUCGAGUACAAGGAAAUAUAUUUCACAUAAAACAAGAAAAAUUUUAAGUAAAGAGCACCAAUUAAAUUUACUUUCUCAAAUAGAAAAAGAAAAAUGUAAAAUAGAAAAAAUUAAGCUUAAUAUAAGAAAUUUAUAUUUAUUUGUUACUACAAAAGAUGAUAUAAGAGGCAUUCAAGUAUCAAAUUCUUUAAUAAAUAAAAUAAAGGGAAUUAUAUCAACUUUAUGUUUUAUUUGUAAUGCAACAAGUAAAGAUAAAGAUAGAACUAAUCUUAAUAAGAAAAAAAAGGAUAAUACGGAAAAUGUUUUGCUUGCACUAUAUUAUGCCAACCAAAGGCUUUUCAAAGUUACUGAAAAUGAAAUACAAUAA